AUGGAUCCUUUUCAUGACAAAGCGGGCAACGAGAGGAGGGCUUCCCUUAGAAUGUCGGCGAGGCAAUCAACCACCGUCGACGGCGACGACGACGAGUACGACCUGGCUGCCGCCAUGGGCUUAUCUGACGGUUUUCGCCCAGCCGAUCUUUCUGCGUCCCAUCCACCCAUUCCCUCGAUCACAAACCCUUCGACUGGCUCGGCGGUUGUGUCACGAGACUAUGCCGCUACCCAUCGAGCCCUACCUUCUGCCCGACCCUCGAGUAUCGCGAAACCUCCACGCUCUCACGACCCUCUCGCCCUUCGUCAUGAUGGUUCCACCGGCCAAAUGACCGGCACCGCACUUUCACGCGUAUCCAGCGCUUCCACCGAUUCGCCCAUAAUGCGCUCCGAGAGUCCCUACGACGGCCCCUCUGGCCCCUCGCACCCGUAUCAGAUGUACCCCCAGCGAACAAACAGUGUGGCGACGUCAUCCACCGCCCGUAUGUCAGAACGGUCGUACGCUGGCCCCCGUGGCCCGACCCAUCCGUACACUCUCUACACACAGAACACGGUGCCGGUGGACUCCGGUGAAGGUGACAGCAUUCCCGUUGGGUUCGGACGCUCUGAUAACUAUCAGCGACGUAUGGGACCCGAAGGGGAGGAAAUUGCCGACUUGAUCGGUCCCUUGGGGCAUACCGAAGAGCUCCCUCCAUACACCAGGUACCCAGAGCAGGCGUACGCGAGAAAACAGCCCGGCGAUCUGCCCCAGGCUCAGUCGCAAAAUCAUCAACAGCACCAAGAUCAACCUCACCAGCAGCUCUCGCCACAAUCAUCGGGCCAGCAACCACAAACGCAACCGCAAUCACAAUCACAACCACAAAACACGGUAACGGUCAUGGCAGCCUCUGUCCCCCCUGCAGUGAUUCCCGGCGCUGGUGGUCUCGGACUCGCAACAAGAAACCCCGAGUUUGAGUCUCGGGAAGACCUUCGUUUGCCGUCGCGCAUGUCAUCAAGGACUUUGACUUCAGACACUGCAAGCCAACACGAAAUCAACACUGCUGCAGAGGCUUACGCCGAGAAGGCCACCGAUCGCAAGUGGCAGAAGAGGGCCAAGAAACGAAUGUUUGGCGUCAUCCCCUACUGGGCGAUCUGCUUGUUGGCAGUUGGGUUGGUGCUGAUGGGCAUUAUUCUAGGUGCAGUCAUUGGCACUUUCUUUGCCAAACAUAAGAAACCACCAGGCCGUCAUCAAGAUGAUGAGCCUGUUCCCCUCGUCAUCCCAACUGCCACGGUUGACAUAAAACCAUUGGCAACUCUUCCACCUGACCUGCCUUCAAUGGAGAUCGGUACAUUUGGCUUGCCCCCAUUGAUCGCUAGUCAGGCGCCGAGCACAUGUUUCAACGAUACGACACAAUCGCAGGCCUGGACCUGUAACAUCCCUUUUACUAGUUACGUCAUGGGCGUUUCUCGAAUUGCCAACGAACUACCCAUAUCUGAUUACACCUUAAAACUUACUACGUUCAAUGACAGCGACCACACCGACGAAAAACUCAAUAUGUUCGCUUGGGGCACUCAACCGCCUCUCAUCAUCGACCCGCUGAAGAUGCGGCUGGUCAACGACACUUCUGAACCUGGUAGGGGUGCCGCCUGGUUUGCUCAAAUGACAUACAACAAAACCGUCGUCGUACCUGAGGACAGAUUUCCAGGUGUCAGCACUGCUAGGCCAAGUGCGAAAAGGCGGUGGAAUGGCCCUCCCCCUGGGUCCGGAGACUUUAGCAGGAAGGGUGUGAGGGGAGCACAGGCCGGUGAUAGACCCUGGAUCUGCACUUGGCCUGGUACUCUCCUCGAAGUUUUCGUCUAUCCAUCACAAAAUAACAGCUAUCAACGGAAGCCAACGUCGACGACAAAGCCAUUAGCAGCUGCCACAAUUCCACCCAAUUCAACCCCUUUCUUGGUGCGCCACGGAUUGGCGACGAGCACCUUCUCCACCGCGGUUCCCACCGACAAGCCACGACGAGCUCCGCCUCCGCCAUACCCACAGGUCAUCAAGUUCGAAGAGCGUCGCGUAUCCCUCGACGAGACCAAGAAUGCCUUCUGCCGACAGGUUGAGGUUUGUGACGACGGAGAGAAUACGGUUCCCGUUUUGAACGAAGAAGGCCAGCCCGUGGAGGUGAUGAUCAUGGAGAACAGGCAGACAGUCGCUAUCGCCGACUCGAAACGUUGGAUCCACGAAGACAGCCUUUUGAUAUCACGGGAUCGGCCGACGAGGACAAGCCAGCUGAGUGAUUGUGGCUGCAUUUGGUGGUUCACAUAA